AUGCAGAAGUGUAAUGAUGACAAUAUUCCUUUAGCUGACGAUGAUCCCCAAGUGAUCAUUAAUGACGAAAUAGAAAACAAUCACUUGGAUCACGGUCGUUCAAUGGACUCAUUGCCGAGUUCCUACACUGGUGGUUCCUCAAGCCCUGGCCUCAAUGGGCCGCCAAGUUUUGAGCCAGAUUCUGGGAUUGACGAACAAGAAGAGAAAGCAAGACUCAUAUCACAAGUCUUGGAAUUGCAGAACACUUUGGAUGAUCUGUCACAAAGAGUGGAUUCAGUAAAGGAGGAGAACUUGAAGCUGCGUUCAGAAAACCAAGUAUUAGGGCAAUAUAUAGAAAACUUAAUGUCAGCAUCGUCAGUUUUUCAAUCAACCACACCAAAUUUACACAAAAAAUAA